CUGACAGAUAACAGACAACAUACCUUCGUGAUUACCUAGUUUACUCAGUCGAUUACAAUCCAAUUUAAUUUUAUUUCUUUCCUUAAUUGUCUCUUGUUAAUUAUUAUAAUUAAAUCUCAUUUCAUAAAUAAAUUUGUAAUGUGAUCAUUAUUAUUUAGAAAUCGUCACAGACAGAAACCAACCCAUUAAUCGUCAUAUCCAGCACUGUUUAUGAUAAGUGAGAAAAUAGUUUCAAUAUGAAAUAUUCUACUUCACCCACCCCAAGUUACAAUAAUUAUCCAAGAAGCACCUCUCCUCUGCCGGCUCCAGCCAACUACCAGGCCACGACAGCUAGUGCAGCGGUUAAACGUUAUAAAUAUCUAAGAAGGCUAUUCAAAUUUAACCAAAUGGACUUCGAAUUUGCAGCCUGGCAAAUGGUCUAUUUAUUUGUGGCACCACAGAAAGUAUUUAGGAAUUUCAAUUACAGAAAACAUACAAAAUCACAGUUUGCUAGAGAUGAUCCAGCUUUUUUAGUAUUACUCUGUGGAUGGCUAUUCUUUUCAUCAAUAUGCUUUGCCCUGAUUAUGAACCUCACAUGGGGUAAAGUGGCCCUAUUUGUUUUGUUUGUGAUAUUUGUGGACUUCAUUGGAGCUGCUAUACUUGUCUCCACAAUUUUUUGGUAUGUGACCAACAAAUAUUUGCGACGGGAGCCAGAUGGACCGGAUGUGGAGUGGGGCUAUGCAUUUGAUGUGCACAUCAAUGCAUUCUUCCCGCCACUACUGCUUCUUCACCUUGUCCAGAUAGUGCUGUUUCACAAUCUACUGAUCUACGGCGGCAACCUGUCGUGCCUCGUAUCAAACACGUUCUGGCUGGCCUCCAUCAUCUACUACUUGUACAUCACAUUUCUCGGAUAUAGCAAUCUACCAAUUGUCCACAAUGCGCGAGUAUUCCUUCUGCCAUUGCCCAUCCUUGUACUGGCAUACCUGGGCAGUCUUCUGGCUGGAUGGAACUUUAGCUUAAUGCUCAUGAACUUCUAUCACUACAGAGUACUAUAAUCACUGUAUUGUGACAGUUCGUAUGUUACUAUGAAGUUUAGUGGCCCGGAAAUACUCGCUAAUAAAUAAAAAAUAUCAACAAUCUAUUAAAAUACAUUUAUUUCUCGUCUCGCCGCCUUUGAAGUACAGAGCGCUGAAAUACAGAGUUUUAAGAACCUUCUAGCAGAUAGUGUCCUAUAGGCGCGCUGCUUUCCGGCUCGAAGGACCAUUUGAAAGGUCGAAAAAAGGAGGGUUGCACAAAAGGUCAUCAAGCUCAUAAUUUAGACGUUUAAAGCA